GAAGAGAAUGUAAUUGUAAAACCAGCGGUUGGAGAAGAAAAGUUUAUUUUUCAAUACACGGCGUAGAAAAUUUUGCGUUAAACAUUAUUUUAUACCCAUGUAAAAUAUAAUUAUAAUACUUUAAACAUUCAAUUCAAGUACAUUAAACACAUUUUAAUAUUAUGCGAAUCACUGAAAUAUUUAUAAAGAAGCAUUAAAUCAACGUGUUCAACAAGUAGUGAAUUAACGAAUGCAUCCAUAUCGUCAGGGCCUAAAAAGAAGAAAGCAGAACUUGAAGCAGCAGUAGAAUAAUACAUACACCAACAACUUGAACAACACCUAGAACAGCAGCAGCGGCCAUAGAAGAAAGUAACAACUUAAUAAAUAAAAUAUCAUGGCGGGUCAAAAAUUUCAGUAUGAUGAAAGCGGUGGAACGUUUUAUUAUUUCCUAUUAUCCUUCUUGGCACUGGUGCUAGUUCCCACCACAAUAUACUAUUGGCCCCGUAAGAAGAAAGAAGACCCACAUAGAGUAAAAGAAGAAUGUCAGUGUCCGGAUUGCAUCAAGAAAAAGGCAAUUUUAGCUACAGCAGAGCCAUAUCGCACUGUGAAAAGUGUUGGCGUACAGAUCGGUCUGGUUUUAGGUUGGGCUCUAUUGAUCUUCUUGGCUUAUCGUGUCUCUCAGUUCGACUAUGAAAUGGCCAGUUUUGAUCCUUUUGAAAUUUUAGGCGUUGAACCGACUGCCUCAAUGUCCGAAAUCAAAAAGCAAUAUCGUAAACUUUCACUUAUACUGCAUCCGGACAAAGAGACUGGUGACGAAAAAGAAUUUAUGAAGCUUUCGAAAGCUUAUCAAGCCUUGACCGAUGACGUGGCCAAAGAAAACUAUGAGAAAUAUGGUAAUCCCGAUGGUCCAGGAGCCAUGUCGUUUGGUAUUGCCCUGCCGUCGUGGAUUGUUGAAAAGGAGAACUCUGUCUGGGUGUUGGGUCUUUAUGGUCUCAUCUUUAUGGUGGCCUUACCCUCGGUGGUAGGCAUGUGGUGGUAUCGCUCCAUACGUUAUUCAGGCGAUAAAGUUCUCUUGGAUACGACCCAAAUGUAUUUCUACUUCAUACACAAGACACCACACAUGCUAUUGAAACGUGCUUUGAUGGUAUUGGCUGCAAGUUUAGAGUUCGAUAAACGUCACAAUUCGCAGGUGGUUGAGCGUCAGUCUGAUAAUGAGGAAGUACCAGCGCUAAUACGUCAAUUGCCCAAUUUAAAUGAGAAAUGCAAGGAGCAUCCUUUAUGUCGCAUGUAUUCCAUCAAAACUCGCGCCAUUCUUCAUGCUCAUUUAUCGCGCAUGCCCUUGAACGCCGAGACUUUGGAAAAAGAUCGUCAAUUUGUCGUUAAGAAAUGUCCAUAUUUGGUACAAGAAAUGGUAUCCUGUGUACAUCAGUUGGUAAUGUUGGCGUAUGCAAGACGCGUACCCCGUUUACCCAGCAUUGAGACAAUUGAGAAUUGCAUGAAAAUGUCUCCAAUGAUUAUUCAAGCGUUAUGGGAAUUCAAAUCGCCCUUACUGCAAUUGCCCCAUGUAACUGAGGAUCAUUUGUACUUUAUGAACAAAAAGAGACACAUUAAAAACUUGCAACAGUUCGCUCAAUUGGCUCCGGAGGAAAGUCGCCAGCUUUUGAAGACAUUAUCGGAUCAAGAAUAUGAAAAUGUAAUGAAGGUAUUGGGUAAGAUGCCCUCAAUUGAUUUUUCGAUACGUUGUGAGGUCAUAGACGAUGAAAACACAAAUGUGGUUACUGCCGGAGCUAUAGUUACGGUAACUGUGACUUUGAUACGCAAAGAUAUGAAAACAUUAUUUGGCGAUUCCAAGGUACCACAAAAGCAAGGUAUCAAGGACGAUGAAGAACCAGGCAAUGGGGCUGGCGGUGAUGACGAAGAGGCUACAGCUACAAACGCUGCACCCGUCAAGAAAUCUUCUGCUUGGGCUAAGCCACGCAAAGGUAAGGGCGGUAAAGGUGGUAAGAAGCCAUCUGCAAAUCAAAAGAAAAAACCCCCACCACCCAAGGCUAGUGCUGUUGCGGCCGCUGCUACUGCAGAAAGCCAGGAACAGAACAAACAUGAAUCGGAUGCUGAUUCUGAUGUCGAUGCUAGUGAUGUGGAUGAUGUUAAAGAUUCCGUCUCAGGCAGUGACGAAGACAAUGAGAAGCAAACAAAAAAUAAUUCCUCGUUAGAUGACGACGACGAUGAGGAGUGGGAGAGACUGCAGGCAAAGCUUAACAAGCGCGAAAAACUAGAAGGAAAAUCUCGCAUUUCCCACACUGUACAUUGUCCCUACUUCCCCGAAGAGAAACAAGAAUAUUGGUGGACAUAUAUCUGUGAUCGCAAGUCACGUACGCUAUUGACAGCUCCCUAUCAUGUCACAAAUUUGGUGGAAAAAGAAGAAAUUCAAUUGAAGUUUACAGCACCACGCUGGCCAGGUCUAUACACAUUCACCGUAUGUCUGCGUUCAGAUUCAUAUCUUGGCAUGGACCAACAACAAGAGCUUAAACUGGAUGUAAAGAAAGCACCGGCACCACCUACAGACCAUCCUCAAUGGGAUUUGAGCGAAUCUGAGCAUGAAAACAAUGACCAACCUGAAAAUCUGAGCGAUUAUACGACUGACACUUCCGAUGAAGAAGAUUCCGAAUAAAAUUUUUAUAUGACACAUACAAAAGACCACCAACCAUCCUUCCUCCACAUCAAAAUUUUCCCUCCUGCAAUAACUAUUACAUACUACUACCAUUUUUUUUUUAUAGAAA